AUGGCCAUGGCUGCUUCCAUUCGCGGCCCCGGCUGCCGCUACCUCACAGCCGCCUCGUCGCCGCAUCUGCGGCGGCGGCUCAUCCCCAUCCAGCGCCGCUGGGCGCAGGUCCACGACGUGCGCUUCCUCACCACCCACAACGUCACGCCGCAGGCCAUCCUCGACAAGUACCGCGACAAGCUCGACAGCAAGGCCAAGCGCGAGGGCCACGAGUCCGUCGACGCCCUCCGCGCCGCCUACGCCGACGAGAUCCUCGCCCAGCGCAAAAAGGGCGCCGUCGACCCGGCCAUUGACCAGUUCAUCCCCCAGGCUCCCGAGACGCCCGUCUCUCAGCCCAAUCGCGCCCCCCCAGCGACGCCCGAGGGACAGGAGCAGCAGCAGGGCGAGACCUUCAUCCCCCAGGCCCCAGACACGCCCGUCGCCCAGCCCAACCGCGCGCCCCCGACGACGUCCGAGGAGCAGCAGCGCGAGGCCGCGCGCAAGACGGCCAAGUCGGGCGAGAAGCCCGCCGUCAAGACGCUCGACGAGAUUCUCGACCUCGACAAGGUGCGGGAGCUGCCGGAGAAGGAAAUCACGGCCAUCUGGCGCCUGCGCCACGCCGCCUCGCCCUCGAAGCUCUGCGCCGUCAUCCCCGCCGACACGUACGCCGCCAUGGAGGAGCUCGCGCGCCGCGCGCCGCAGUUUGUCCUGCCCGUCCCGCACGAGACGCAGGGCGCCGAGAUGCACUUCCUGCAGUGGGUGUUUGACCGCGCCUCGCGCACCAGCACCGUCCUCUUCACCCAGCUCGCCGAGUACAAGACGCGCGGCGAGUUUGCCCAGCCGCACACCACAAUCACCCACCACCUCGACCUCGCCGCCGACAAGGGCCUCGUCCUCAUGCAGGGCCAGCUCAUGGACGACCGCGGCGGCGUCAAGCCCGAGCACGCCAAGUGGCUCGCCAUGUGCCUCCAGCGCUUCUACGGCGCCUGGGAGGCCGGCGUCGAGCUCGACGGCGAGCGCAGGGAGCGCGCCCAGGCCCGCAAGCAGCUGCUCGAGUGGUUCGCCGCCGGCGACGAGCGCUUCAGCGUCGAGAAGCUGCUCGAGGAGGCUGAGCGCAUGGGCUAA